AUGGAAGCUUUGGGUGCUUUCUUAGCUGAAGUUCUCAAGUCUUCAACCGAAUUCAUGUGGUCGAAGUUUGCCACCCUGAGAAAAUUCCAAAAAAACGUCCAAACUUUGAAGAAGGAGCUGCAAAGCCUCAUUCGCCGAAGGGGUGAGAUAACAGAUGAUAUUGAUAUUGCAGAACUAGAAGGGAAGUGCCCAGUGACGGAAGUUGUGGAGUGGCUUCAGAAGGUUGAAGCUAUCGAACGUGCUGUUGAGGAGGAGAUUGACCAUAAAGUGCAGCCAUUUUUGCAGGAAGAUCAUAACAGUGCUUCUGUUAAUGGUCAGGGAUGUCUUUUUGUCUCUAACAUGCACCAGAGGUACCAUCUUAGCAAAAAAGCAGAAAAGAAAUGUGAUGAGGUGAAACAACUAAUUACUGAAUCACACAAGUUUCUUACUAUGUGGGAUACUUUGAGGCUUCGUGAUAUUCCCAUUCAGCAUAUUCCAGCACCAUGUCUAGUUGGUCAGGAAGCACAGGAGAGGCUAAAGCAGCUUAUGGAAUUUCUGGCUGAUAAUAAGAUCAGAAGGAUUGCUGUCUUUGGAAUGGGAGGUUCUGGAAAGACUACUCUAGUAAAAACCUUGAACAAUCAGCUCCGUUCUUCUGCUUCAAAGUUAUAUGACAUGGUCAUCUGGAUCCCUGUCUCAAAUGAUUUGGAUAUGAAAAAGGUUCAAUCUCGAGUUGCUGAGAGAUUGAACUUAGCAAUGAAUGCAGAAGAGAGCAUUGAGUGUAGGGCUUGUAGAUUACAUCAAGUAUUAAAGUCAGGGAAAAGGUUCCUCCUUAUACUUGAUGAUGUUUGGGAGAAAAUUGACUUGGACACCGUGGGGAUACCACAAGGUGAUGACCAAGCAAACUGCAAGAUCAUAUUGACAACUCGAUCUCUUGCCGUCUGUAGGGAAAUGAUGACCGAUAAAGAACUAAAGAUGGAACUUCUGAAUGAGGAAGAGGCUUGGAAUUUAUUUGCAUGGAAUGCCGGAAAUGUAGUGGAGUCAGAACACAUAAAUCCUCUAGCAAGAGAAAUUGCUAGGGAAUGCGGUGGUUUGCCUCUGGCAAUUGAGACUAUGGGGAAGUCCAUGAGGGACAUAACAAUGAUACAGCUAUGGAGGAAUGCACUAUGCCAGUUGAAGCGUUCGGCAUCACAUUAUGGGAGCUUUGACAAGGUGCAUCUGCGACUAGCAUUGAGUUAUAAAUCUUUACCAAGUAAGAUUCUUAAGAGGUGUUUCUUGUUUUGUUCAUUGUACCCAGAAAAUUUCUUAAUUACUGCAAGAGAAUUAAUAUGUGGCUGGAUGGCGGAUGGAUUGAUUAUGGAGCAUCAGACAUUAGAGGAGUCCUUGAAUGAUGGAAUUGCAAAAAUUGAAUAUUUGAAAGACUCUUGCAUGCUAGAACAGGGCGAAUGCAUUGGAACAGUAAAGAUGCACAGUGUAUUGAGGGAAGUAGCCUUGUGGAUAUCCUCAAAUAGAAAAGAAACCAGGUUUUUCAGCAGCUCAUUUCUGGGAAUGCAAGAAAAGUUGCAGAGUUCUCUCAGAAGUGUCUCAUUUAUGCAGAACUCUAUUACCAGUUUGCCAAGUCGAUUCUCAUUCUCUAGGUGCUCCAACCUAACUGUCCUGUUCCUCCAAUGUAACCCUCUGUAUAAAAUUCCUGAUGGAUUCUUUCGAGAACUUGGAGCCCUAAGAUUCUUGAAUCUGAGUAGCACUCAAAUAUCUUCCUUGCCUUCUUCUCUUCUUCAUCUAACCGAGCUACACACUCUUCUCUUAAGAGAUUGUUCUUCUCUAGAACAUCUCCCUCAACUUGGAGCUCUUUAUAAACUCCAGGUGCUUGAUCUCUGUGGCACUUGCAUAAGAGAGCUUCCAAAAGACAUGGGAACGCUAACUCAUUUGAGAGAUCUAAACCUGUCGCACACAAACCACUUAGAAAGUAUCAUAGCUGGAAGCAUCUCAGGACUAUAUAGUCUUGAGGCCUUGGACAUGUCUUUCAGUGCAUAUAAGUGGGAUGUGGAAUGUAAUGUAGAAGGAGCACCAUUUGAUGAAAUUCUAUCCUUGCAGGGACUUUCAUUUCUUCACAUAAGGCUAGACACAGUUGAUUGUGUUGCCUUAGACUCAGAUGGCUCUUGGUUUGGAAGUUUGAAAGAGUUUUCUAUUUGGAUUGGUCCAAGGAGCUGCGAUUCAAGCUAUUUACCAACUCUGCAUGAUGAGAAAAGGGUCAUACUUAGAGGUGUUGACCUCUUGCAAAGAGGCCUUGAGGGGUUAUUCUACAGUGCAAGUUCCUUGGAGCUGGUCACAUGUGGGGGCAUAAGUAGUUUAUCUGAUAUAGUUUCCAACAAGAAAUUGGGCGGCCUGCCAAAGUUGAAGUUUCUCACCAUUUCAAAUUGUGAUUGCAUCACUAGUUUGUUAAUUGGCGAAGAAACUUUUGCGAGCACAUUGCCGAAUCUGGAGCAUUUGACUCUCAAUUGCCUAAACAACUUGGAUACCAUGGCAGAGAGGAUACUCCCUAGAGGAUGCCUUGGCAAAUUAAAGACCAUUAAGGUGAUGGGAUGCGGAAGACUAAAGACUCUCAUAUCCUUCACUUUUCUUCGACGGGUUCAAAAUGUUGAAGAAAUCAAGGUCAGUGACUGCAGGAGGAUGAAACAAAUUAUAGUAAACAUCAAUUUGUAUGCAACUCUUCCAAAGCUGAAAAAUAUAGAAGUAAGGGAUAUGGACAGCUUAACAAGUAUUUGUUCCAGAGCUGGAAAGUGGUCCGCUCUGGAGAGGGUUGAAGUGAGCAAUUGCCCCAAGCUAGAGAAGCUUCCACUCAGAGCCCAGAAUGCAGCAAAUCUUAAAGAAAUUAGAGGCGAGUUAAGAUGGUGGAAUGGUCUUAGAUGGAAAAGAGAUGUAGAUAAGAUCAGUCUCCAGCAACGAUUCCAAGCGUGUGAGGACUCCAUACUGCUGUUAAGUUCGGAUACAGAGGCUUGA